AUGGAGAAUCAAGGUGAGCAAGCUUCAAAUUCUGGUAGGUUAUCAGCACAUUCAACUGCCUCAAGUGCUCCUGUUGCACAAGCAUUACCUGUUUCGGGUAAUACCGCCGUCGUGGCUGCACCAACCGGCACAUACGCUUCGACAGGCGCCACAGCACAUUCUGCUGAGCGCGCGACAACUGAGGCACACACGCCAACAGGAGAACAUUUGACGGAGGUACAUGCACCCACUGUAGCAUCCACUCCACGCCAGGCUUCUGGGCUGCUCAUUUCUCUUAAUGGGGAAAGUAAUAUAUUAACAACUGAUAUUUCCCCUCUGCGUACACGCUCGGGAAUUUUGCGUGUAGGUAGGCGGCAAAAUCAAGCACGUGUAACGCGCGAUGUCAUCGCAAUUGAUGAGGCGGAUGAAGAUGGACCACAGGUUACAAUGUAUUCUACUGCAACCACUUCUGCAGCCAGUGACGUUUUCUCUAGUGCAAUGCUCACCCCAGCUACGGUACCAAGCACUUCGUUCUUUUCAAAUGCUGCGCCAAAUUCUAGGGGUACUUUCUCUGAUAGUAUACCCAGUGUAGUUAACGUGCCGAGCACAUCGAUAUUUUCAAAUGCUGCGCCGCGUUUUAGUGGUAUUGUCGCGCGUAGUAUAGCCACUUUAACUAGCGCACCAAAUAUAUCGACAACUUCACGUGCUGCGCCACCAGCAAUUAGACCUAUUACUAUUAAGCAGCAAGCGCAACACGCAUAUUUAUUCAACACCACGGGUUGUCCUCCAAGCCUACAACGCAACAGCACUUUCAAUUUCGCGCCGCCAUUAUCUUCGCAUUACUUUCCAUAUACGCAAACUUCGAUUGCAGAUAUUAUGCUUUCUUCUUCUAAUAUCGCGUCACGCCAGAGCAGCCGCAAUAAAGACAAAGCAAUUGCCUCGCUCACCUCUGAGAUUAAAGAGCUUUGUAAUGUUGUUAGUGCCAUCUAUAAUAACAAAAAGCCUAUUGUGGAAUCACAACCAAUUGCGGCUCAUCCUAAUAAGCAGAAGCCAGCUUUAGAUAACAUGUCAUCUUCGACUAUGCUCACUACCAAAAAGAACAGUACUUGCGCUUCGUCUGCCUUUUCAUGUGUUAUUGACGUUACUACUCCUGAUGUAAUUGAUACGACACCAUUAUCGUAUGCGAAUGCUGUUUCUGGUUCUAUCGUCACUGCUAAAAGUAAUAAAAAGCAAACAUCUGCUAAUACUAAUACACUUCCUAACGUCAAUGCUUCUAUUGCUGACACUGUUGUUGCUAGUAAUACUGGAACUACGAGCGCUCUCCGAUCUGCUGCUGCUAAGAGAAAUAAUAACGAGUCAUCCGUUAGUGCUAAUGCACUUUCUAACGACAAAACUUCUGGUGCUGGUGUACUGAAAGAUAAAAAAAAAGAGUGCCAGCGUUGUUGGUAG